AUGGCUGAUCCACCACUUGCUUCAGGAACCCCUCAGUCGCCMCGGCCMCCCCCGCCAAUAUCGCAGGGUCAGGCGCACAAGCUCUACCAGAAUCGCGCAACUAGCGCUCUAGCUAGACUAACGCAACCAUUUUUCACCGGAUCGCGUUCCCCGAGCCCAUCAGAUGUGUCGAACCGCGUGCCGGAAGAUGAUCACCAUGUCAGAUUGACGAGGUCAAAAUCCUUGCCUGGGUCAUCGCAAACAGUCACACAUCGUACCGGCCUAUCGAUCGCGUCGCUGGACAUUUCCCCGCAGAAAACGCAUGCCGUUAUCGCCGGCCGAGAAAUUUUCAAGACCAUCCGCGUAUCCCAAGACGGUUCUUCUGAAGAAUUCAACCUUCGCGAUGCGAUCAUCAAGACUUCGUCCAAGAAACAAGCUUUGACUGGCCUAGCGUCGAAAUUCAAGGAUCAAUUGGCCAUAAAGGAUGUGAAGUGGUCUCAUGGCGAUUUCGAUACAGUCAUUGCAACCGCCGCCGCCAAUGGCCGUAUCAUCACAUAUGACCUGCAGCGAGCAGGGCUGGAAUUGUCAAGGCUGAAUGGUCACAACCGUCAGGUCCACAAAUUAGCUUUCAAUCCGCAUCGUCCGGCUUGGCUGCUAUCGGGGAGUCAGGACAGCACAAUUCGUAUGUGGGACUUGAGAUCGGCUUCUCCUGCAGCUACUAUUCAGAGUAUAUCUCGCUAUAGUAGUAACAGCGACGCCGUCCGCGACAUUCGAUGGUCUACCGGGGAUGGCACGGUAUUCGCAACGGCAACGGAUAGCGGAGCAAUUCAAUGCUGGGAUUAUCGACAGACCAAGGCGCCGCAGCUGAAGAUCACAGCACAUGAAAAGCCAUGUUACGCUGUCGACUGGCAUCCAGAUGGGAAGCAUCUCGUGAGUGCCGGUACAGAUAGGCAGGUCAAAGUCUGGGAUUUCUCUUCGUCAGCCGAGCGUAGGCAGAAACCGACUUUCCAAUUUCGAGCUCCUCAACCAGUUGUGAAUGUGAGGUGGCGACCGCCUAGCCGGGUUUCUGAGUUCUCGGAUGAUAGAAAUUGGCAAUCGACGCAAGUUGUUACAUCUUACGAUAAAGAAGACCCUCGCGUUCAUCUAUGGGAUCUUCGUCGUCCACAUAUCCCUUACAGAGAAAUUGAUCGAUACGAGACGCCUGCUGCUGACCUACUUUGGAGAUCAAAUGACUUACUUUGGACCGUUGGCGAAGCAGGAGCGUUCACUCAAACGGACAUUCGCUUCGUUCCCGAAGUUGUCAGUCGACGACCAAUGUGCGCAGUCGCCUGGAGUCCUACUGGGGAGGUUGUUGCAACCAUUCAGAAGCGGCCACGGCGCCGGCCAUUGGCAUCCAAGAACCCCGAGUUCUUUGGCUUUGACGACGAAAAGGAUCGGAGUUUCGAAAGACACCAGAGUUUUACAGAUAGUAGUGCCAUAGACGAUCUGGUAACAGUGCAGCCGAAGCAACAACGGGGAAUGAUGUUGGGUAUAUCAAAGUCGCUGGGAAAUACGCCUCCAGACCCAGCAGACAGAAUUACCGUCAUGCCUCUUGGCGACUCUUUAUCAGGCGAGCUUCCGACACCGCAUCAGCUGGGUAUUGUCGGGCGAGUUGAAGGUGUCGCAUCUGAUGAGAUGGUCUUUCGCUAUCUAGCUGAGCAGUAUUCUGUAUUGAUGAAGGAUAAGGAAGCUACUCUACGUCCUAAAAAUCAAAUUCAAGCGGUUCUAUCAGAUCUAGACUGGAAUGCGGCACAAGCGGAAAUGGCUGGGCAACACAAGCUUGCUCAGACUUGGAGUAUCGUGAAAUAUACUGUUCUGCAAGAAAUCGACCUUCGAGCGGAAGAGAGAAGUCGAAGGCCUAAAGAGAAGACGAACCAGGGCCACAAAUCACCACAUGCGCGUUUCAGUGAUCGAACGCGUGUUCCUGACGGACCAAAGUCAGCCAAGCUAAAGUCUCAUCUUUUCAAAGGAGUCAUCGAGACAGAAGCCUACCGACGCGGGCCGCCGGAGAUUGAGAGUACAUCCAACAUGACCACUCCCCUUGCCCAGCCGCUUCCAGAUUCUCCUGCUGGUGUUGAUUUCUCUUCAGCCAUUCGUGGGGAUUCCGUGACAGACGAUCUCAUCGACAUACAACCUUUACCACCUUCCGUCAUGAGUUCACAUUACAGUGCCAGAAACCAGAUUGAUACUACAAGUGCACCGAGGAUGCAACGCCACAAAUCAGGAUCGAGCGAAUUCAUGCCAUUUUACUCGGGCAGCUUCAACUCAGAGCAAGCCCGGGAAGGCCAAUUUGAUAACAUCGAAGAUGACCAGAGGUCCGCACCUCGAGCUAUAGCUGGUCGUGCCGACUGGCAUCGACAUAGGCCAAGUGACGUUGCGGCGAAGGAAGGGUCCGGAGACGAGUAUGAGCAAAAGGUCGAAAGUAGAAAAGCCCUUCUACGUGAUUACAAAGCUCCCCCGAGGAAGGUUUUAAAUCUCGAAUCUCUUGCUCAUGAAGCAAAUCGCCCGACACGUCCCGCACCUUAUCUUCGACAUGACUCUACUGAAAGUUUUCCAAUGUUUUCAGCUUCGACGGACAGCUCGCAACGUACAAAGUCUGUUGAUAUCUCGUUAUCUCCACGAACCAGUGCGCUUGCUUCGUCAAGAAGGGAUAGUGUUGGCUGGGAUACAGAAGAGGAUGCCAUUCUAGAGGAAGAUGAGCCGGCAUCCUCUGAUGCUGCCAGUGUCAGUGUUCCUGAUUAUGGAUCAUACAAGGAUGAAAUCGUUCCCGAUAACGCGUCUCCUGACGAUCAUCAAAUCCAUCUUCAGCGCCCAUCCAGCCCUGCUCCAAUUCUAGCAGAGUCGGACAAAGAUGAAAGGAUUCAACAACAACAAAAGCAUGCCGAGAGCAGUACAGAGCACAACGAGGACUUUCAGUUCCCUCUUUCUCCCGAAUUAUCCGCAAGUAAGCCUUGGGGCGCACAAGUCAUUCUGAGAGAGGCAGUGCGACAUUACCAUAGUACAGGUCCUGUCGAUAUCCAGAUGGCGGCUCAUCUACUUCGGACAGUGCACUCGCUCUUCUAUGACUGCGAGACCAUCUUACCUUAUUAUGAAUGUGAGCAGGUCUUCAAAACGUAUAAUGAGCAACUCAUUCAACAUUCCAUGUACGUAGAAGCCGCCGAGCUUCGAAAUUUUUGUGUGCCAUUGUAUCCGUCGGUAUACGAGUAUGCGCAGACGGAUACACACAUCAAUGUCUAUUGCUAUACCUGCAAGAAGCCUUACGAGAAUCCCGUCAAAGAUAAUCGACGAUGCCACAGAUGCCGUACGCCGCAAAACUCUUGCCCUGUCUGCCUCAACUUGGAACCACCUUUGGAAUGGGUUGUACCCGAAGCUGAUGGAAGCAAUGACGAAAAUGUGGAGAGCCAAUCCCAAGAUUCCCUCCUUUCUGAUCAGACCGAACCUAUACCAGACCUGGAUAUAGAAGGCCAAACUCCUUUCCGUACUCCAGGUUCAGGCUUAUGGUCAUGGUGCCAAGGCUGCGGGCAUGGUGGUCAUCUAGCCUGCAUGAAGAAAUGGCUUGGUGACUUCGAAGCAAGUGAAGGCGGUUGCCCUACACCUGGCUGCGUGCACGACUGCGGACCCGGCCCACGACGACAAGAACACCGCGAAGUCGUGCAAACCGUAGCCUUCGGACGCAAAAUCACAUCAAACACAGCCAAGCGCGAUUCAUGGGCAACCGGCGAAAGCAGAGCAGUCGAGAAAGUCCGCGGGAUGCUGACAUUAGCGGCAGCACCGGCAUCGUCUGGUGAGAUUUCAUUAGGAGGCGGUGUGAGUAGCGGCGGUAGUACUGCACUUAAUACGUCGUCUGGUGGUGGUGGAACAAUGGGAUCAUCGAAGAGAGUUCGAUUGGUGACUCCAAUAGAGGAAGGGUUGCAUAAGGAUAUGGAUCCUUUGAUGCGUGACAAGGAGUCUACGUCGGAUCCUUUCCCGGGUUAG